AUGGAGAGAUCAGAGAGGCAGCGGAAGCGGUACCUGGAGGAGAAGGAACAGACCUUGCUGCAGUUCCAGAAGACGCAGGUGGACUGCGAGCUGUACAGAGAGAAGAUGAGCACACUGCAGAGUCAAGUGGCCGAGCUGCAGAAGGAGCGGGACCAGGCGUACGCGGCCAGGGACAGGGCGCAGAUGGAGAUUUCCCAGAGCCUGACAGAUAAGGACUCCCUGCGCGGGAGAGUAUUCGAGCUGACGGAGCAGGUGUGCGAGCUGCAAACCCAGCUGUGCAGGCUACAGCAAGAGCCCCCCGCAGGGCCCAGACGGGAAGCCAGGGCCAGGGAGCCCUGUCCGCGGGGGAAGCAGCGGCUGGUGCGGAUGCACGCGGUUUGCCCGCAGAAGGAUGGCGAGGGCGGCGGCCAGCUCAGCAGCCUCAGCUCCACAGAGUCCCGGCUCUGGUGGGACCUGAGCGUCGCCUCCGGCCGUGAGCUGGCCGACAGCUUCCGCUCCAGCAGCCCCGUGCCCCCCAGCCAGCAGUCCCUGUACAAGCGGGUGACGGAGGACUUCUGGGAGGACCCCGAGUCUGUCAGCCCCUUCCCAGACAUCCUGGAGGUGGACCCAGGGCUGUCUCUAGGAGCCAAGGAUGACCUAGGCCUGGAUUAUGAGAUCCUAGACAGGACCGAACUCCCCCAGCCAGAGGGCAGCAGCCUGCAGAGGUCUGCCAGGAACUUGGACGUCCCAGAAAGCUGGUCACCUUGCUGUCCUCGGCAGUGCCCCUGUCCGGCCCGCAAGACCUCGAGCCAGGUCACGGUGCUGGCGUUCCAGGGGGCCGCGCUGCUCCAGCAGGUGGGCGUCAUCGGGGGGAACCUCACCGGCAUCUUCAUCCACCGCGUCACACCCGGCUCCGCCGCCGAUGGCACGGCCUUGCGCCCUGGCACCCAGAUCGUGAUGGUGGACCACGAGGCCGCAGAGCCCUCGUUCAAGGCCACCCUGGAGAACACCACCCUGGAGCAGGCGGCCCGGCUCCUCCAGAGGGUGACCGGCUUCUGCUGCCUUUCUGUGAAGGUCAACACGGAGGGUUACAGGAAGCUGGUCCAGGACCUGGAAGCCAAGGUGGUGACCUCAGGAGACUCCUUCUACAUCCGGGUCAACCUGGCCCUGCAGGGGCGCGGGGAGGGGGAGCUGCGGGCGCGCUGCAAGGACACACUGCACGUCACCGACACCCUGUUCGGGGGCCGCGGCUGCUGGCUCGCCCACCGCCUGGCCACCAUCCCCAACUACCCCCGGGCCCAGCAGCAGCUUCUCACCCUCCUCCAGGACGUGACCCAGAGGACCCCAGCACGCAAGUCUUCCGGGGGACCCCAGAAGCUGGUCCGCAUUGUCGGUGUGGACGGAGCCAAGGCCAGCCCUCUGAGUCCGUCCCUGGAGGAGAGCCAGAGAGACACGGACAGCAGGGAAGACCACUCCAGCACCUGCUUCUGGGCCGAGAGCUGCUUCACCCUGGCCCCCUACACACCUGUGCACCCCCACAGGCCCACCCGGGCCCAGCCGGUGCUCAUUGUGCCCAGGAUCGUCGGGAAGAUCCUGAGCAAAAAGCUGUGUCUCCUUCAAGGGUUUAAGAUGUGCCCCGCAGAGCACCUGAGCCAGGAGCAGUACGAGGCCUGGAGCCAGAGAGGGGACAUCAUCCAGGAGGGAGAGGCGUGCGGGGGCCGGAGCUGGGUGACGCGCCGGGCCGUGGAGGCCCUCAUGGAGGCGAAUACCCAUGCCCUCCUGGAUGUGCGACUGGACAGCAUUAACGUCCUGCACGGGAUGGACAUCUUCCCCAUCGUCGUCCAUGUCUCGGUCAGGGAGAAGACCGCGAAGAAACUCAAGAAGGGGCUGCAGCGGCUGGCCACGUCGGAGGAGCAGCUCCUGGAGGCGGCCCGGCAGGAGGACGGAGAGCUGGACAGAGCGCCCUGCCCGUACAGCAGCCUGGCCCCCGACAGCUGGAGCGACGUGGACAGCCUGCUCGGCUGCGUCCGCCUGGCCAUCGCAGACGAGCAGAAGAAGGCGGUGUGGAGGUAGCAGGGCCCGCCGUGAACACGGCUCGCCGUGGAUGGUCACGCGGAAGCUCGCCGCGCUGCUCCCUCUGCCGCCGGCCGCCCACCCC